AAUCUUAGAUAGAUAGCCGACAAAAAAAAGUUUUGGAAUCCAAACCUAAUCAAAAGUUUUAGAUAAAGCCUAAAGUUGGAACAGUAGCGUUUGGAGUAGCAGCGAGUCAAGGAGCACUUCUUCUAGCUGGAGGUGAGAAAGGGAUGCGCUAUGCAAUGCCUAACACUCGUGUCAUGAUCCGUCAACCUCAAACUGGAUGUGGAGGGCAUGUGGAGGACGUGAGGAGACAGGUGAAUGAAGCCAUUGAAGCACGACAAAAAAUUGAUAGGAUUUAUGCAGCCUUCACUGGACAACCUCUUGAGACACUGCAGCAGUACACUGAAAGAGAUCGUUUCUUAUCUGCAUCUGAGGUAAUGUUACCAGUUAACUCAGAAAUAAUUUUGAAGCUAUGGUUCAAAAGCAGCGACGAGCCACAACUCUUGGACAUUGUCAUUGUUCCUCAUAAUCCUUAUGUACCAUUUGUUGGAUUUCAUUUUCUUUUGCAGGCGCUUGAGUUUGGACUUAUUGAUGGUCUAUUGGAAACAGAAUACUGAAACACCAUUCAAGAGAAGGCACAUAGACAGAGUUCAUUGCAUGUUCAAAGCUUCUAUCAUUCAUUUGAAUAUGAACAGUAAUUUACAUUUUUGCAUACAUCAGUUUUGUUUUCUUGGUUUUUUACUGUCUACUAAGCAGAAUACCAAUCUGUCACAUUUCUUUUUGAGCUUAAACAAUCUCAAACCUAACUUUUGGUUU